UUGUCAGUAAUCAGAAAAAUGUCGUAAUGAGUUAAAUUAAAAUGUGUAUAGUAGUCCCACAUUGUUGUUGCGCCAGCUGCCACGCCAGUCUACGUUUUGGAUGUAUUUUCUAUGCCGUUUGGGCAAUUAUUUGGAGAAUAUUAUUAGGUACAGUGGUGUUAGUACCUACAGGAGAAGACCCUGAUGUGGGAACGUACGAUGUCAUAUCGGGUGUCCUGCAUAUAAUUUGCUUAGUAGGCCCCAUUUCUUUGUUAAUUGGCAUCUUCAAGAUCAUCAAAGCACUGGUCAUUCUAUCUAUAGUAGUUACAUAUGUGGUUGUGGGAGUUUCAUUUCUACAUUUGGUGGUUUUUCAUAUAGUUGUUGGAACAACGGAUAAGCAUAACUAUCCAAAAUGGGUUAACACAACAACAGUUAUGAGAGCGGCUAUUUUGAAGUUCUUUGCAAUAUUUUGCCCCUUAGCUGGUUUCGAAGUGUAUAUGGCUAUUGUGCAAUAUUCAUUUUUAAAAACCGAAAUGUAGUUGAAGCCUUCUUGAGAACCAGUGAUUACAAACUAACCGUAAGUUAAACGAGAAUCCAGGAGUGACAAGAACUGUGAAGAGCCCACCUAUACAAGUAUGAUAAAUGCCUACAAAACAAAGACAGAUCAAGGACACAAAUUAUGACAAAGGUACAUCUAUUCUAUAUAGUCAUUAGUUAUAAUCUAGAAGUCAUUGACCAUAUGCAAAAAUAGGUUAUUGGUUCCUUAUCUCUAAAGAUAUAUAUAUAUGCAAAUUUUAAUUUUCCAACCGUGUUAUAUCAAAAUCGUGUAAAAAAAAAGAAUUAGAUGUAUAUAUGUAUGUUCCGUAUAGACUCCGAUACCGCUCAACCGAUGUUGAUAAAAUUUUGCGGCAAUAUUCAAAAUAGUCUCGUGGGUCAACCUGUGAAGUUUCGUGGCGAUGCGUCGACGCAAUCAACCAUCGUUUUCUGGCUUAUUUCUGCUCAUUUUAAUAUGUUUGGCAGUAACUUUUUACUCUGUU